UUCACAUUGAAGAAUGGAGGAGAGGAGUGUGGAGUCAUUGACUUUCUCUGUCAGGGUCUUCACUCUGCAGGAGGAGGUGAGGGCUGAGGAGGAGCACAUGGAGACCCAUGAGGAGGAGGUGCAGGUCGAGGAGGGUGUGAGCAGAGAGCAGCAGGUCAGUGUGUGCAGGCAGAGAGCAGAGCAGGAGCUCACUCUGUUCUUCACCACAGGACUGGAGACUCAGCUGCUCACUGUGCAGGAUGCCAACAGAGCAUCAGUCUUCCAGUUUACUGUUUCCAAGGAGAUGGACUGCUGCCAGGUCGGAGGACAGUCCUUCCUGGUCACCGUCGGCAAGCUAAGUCUUCUGCUGCAGUUCAAAACUCCUGCUGAUAUGAAGAACUUCCAGCAGUUACUGAAAAGAGGGGAUGAUAAAGAUACAAGUAAAGGUUGCUCAGAAAGAGAUGAGAGAGAAAACAAGGAUGCAGAAAGAGGCAAAACACCUUCAAGGAGACAUACCACUAUGUUUGAAUCAAGGACUGAAAAUGCCCCUACACAGGGCUACCAGUUCCACAGCUGUCUGUUCCAGCAGCAGAGUCUGCUUCAAGACUACCUGAGGAUCGCCACCUACCAGAGAGCCAUUUUAGUUAAUGAGACUGACUUCAGAGACAAGGUGGUUCUGGAUGUAUGUUGUGGUUCUGGUAUUCUGUCUUUCUUUGCAGUCCAGGCAGGAGCCACCAGAGUGUAUGCUGUUGAGGCCAGCCCUAUGGCCAGGUUUACACAGAUCCUGGUCCAGAGUAACUGUCUGUCUGAGCGGAUCAGGGUCCUAGAAGGGGAGGUGGAGGAGGUCAGCUGUCCUGACAUGGUGGACAUCAUUGUCUCUGAGCCAAUGGGAUACAUGCUGCUCAAUGACAGACUCAUGGAGAGCUUCUUGCAUGCCAGAAAAUGGCUCAAACCCAAUGGUCUGAUGUUUCCCUCCUAUGGUGAUAUUCAUCUGGCUCCCUUCAGUGACGAGCAGCUCUACUUUGAACACUACGCACGAGCUAGUUUCUGGCAGCAGAGAAGCUUCUACGGUGUUAACCUGAGUGCUCUUCACAGUGUUGCAGUAGAUGAGUUUUUCAGGCAGCCUAUAGUGGACACAUUUGAUGUGCAGAUCCUGAUGGCCAGGUCUGUUAAGCACUGCAUCAACUUCAUGGAGGCUAAAGAAGAAGAUUUACACAGAAUGGAGAUUCCCUUUGUGUUUACACUGCUGCAGUCUGGUCUGGUCCAUGGACUUGCAUUCUGGUUCGAUGUGGCCUAUUUGGGAUCCAAGUCCACAGUGUGGCUCUCCACAGCUCCCACUGAGCCUCUAACCCGCUGGUAUCAGGUCAGAUGUUUGCUUCAGACGCCACUCUUUGCCAAGCUGGGACAAACUCUGUCUGGGACUGUCCUGCUGGCCGCUAACAACAGGCAGAGCUAUGACAUCCACAUCACAGCCACAGUCGACCAAUCAGGCUUCAAAUCUGGAAACAUCCUGGACCUCAAAAACCCUUUCUUCAGGAUACCGUCUUGGUUCCACAGCUAGAUCCCUCCGGACUGUUGGAGACCUAGAGGUCGAGGGCGGGUGGCCUCUCUCCUCCAGGAUGCAGGGUGAGGAGAACAGAGGAACCAUCAGAUCAUCACAUCUCCACACACCAGAAUUUUGACUGAUUUUUAAAAAUUUUAUACAUUUUGUCAACAAACAUUGGUGCUGAACGUAAAGCCAAAGUAAAAGUUGAAUUUGCUACCCUAAGUAAUUAAAAAAAAAAGUGACAUAAUUUAGUAUAAGUGUUUUAAAGCUAUUGUAUCUGUGUAAACUAUAUUUAUACACAUUCAUAAACAGAAAUCACAAUGUGAUUAAAACUUGCAUUACACAUUCAAGGAAACUCAUGGUACCAGUUUUCUCUGUGCAUCUAUUUCAU